GCAUGUUGGAAGUUCUUCUGUCAGAUGAGGAUGAGGCGCAGGGAGAGAGAGAGAGAGAGCAUCGUUGCCUUUCCCGUUUCCCGUCUUCAUGAUUGUUGAUGAAGAAGAGCGAGCAGUGAAACCCAGGAGACUGGACAGCGAUAAUCCAUGCACCAUGGUCCGGGAGAAGAAGGAUAGAGACAGCUGGGGGUCUUUUGUGGACAAGCAUGUAUUUGAGUGGAGCUCUGAGGACGAGGAGCCGGACGGUAAAGCUCGGCCAGUGCAGGUUUUGGUGGUAAAGGAUGAUCACACAUUCGAGCUGGACGAGGCAGCGCUCAAUCGUAUUCUACUGGCCAAAGACCUCAGAGACAGAGAGAUUGUAGCCAUAUCUGUUGCUGGAGCUUUCCGGAAGGGGAAGUCCUUCCUCAUGGACUUCAUGCUACGCUACAUGUACAACCAGGCGAGUGAAGACUGGGUAGGAGAUCCUGAUGAACCUUUGACAGGUUUCUCGUGGCGAGGAGGCUCUGAAAGAGAGACCACCGGCAUCCAAAUCUGGAGUGAAGUCUUCCUGGUGGACAAACCAGAUGGAAAAAAGGUGGCAGUGCUGCUGAUGGACACACAGGGAACGUUUGAUAGCCAGUCAACACUGAGAGACUCAGCUACUGUAUUCGCCCUCAGUACCAUGAUCAGCUCCAUGCAGGUGUAUAACAUAUCACAGAACGUUCAGGAGGAUGACUUGCAGCACCUACAGCUUUUUACAGAAUAUGGUAGACUGGCCAUGGAGGAAACGUUCCUCAAGCCAUUCCAGUCAAUGAUUUUCCUGGUGAGAGAUUGGAGUUUUCCAUACGAGUUUCCAUAUGGACAAGAGGGAGGGAUGAAGUUCCUGGAGAAAAGAUUAAAGAUUUCAGAAAACCAACACGAAGAGCUUCAGAAUGUCAGGAAGCACAUUCACUCCUGUUUCACCAACAUCUCCUGCUUCCUCCUGCCACAUCCUGGCCUCAAGGUUGCCACCAACCCACACUUUGAUGGCAGACUUAAGGAGAUAGAUUCAGAGUUCAUCGGUAACCUGAAGGUGUUGGUGCCGUGGUUACUCAGCCCCAAAAACCUGGACGUCAAAGAAAUCAACGGCAGCAAGAUUACCUGCAGAGGCCUGCUGGAGUAUUUUAAGGCAUAUAUAAAGAUUUACCAGGGGGAAGAGUUGCCUCACCCAAAGUCCAUGUUACAGGCCACCGCUGAGGCGAAUAACUUGGCGGCUGUAGCUGCAGCUAAAGACCUUUACAAUCGUAAGAUGGAGGAGGUGAGCGGAGGUGACCGGCCCUUCCUAGCCCCAAGUGAGCUGCAAGCUCGUCACACAGCGAUCCGUGAUGAAGCCCUGGCCGUGUUCCGUGGUGUGAAGAAGAUGGGUGGCGAGGAGUUCAGCCGCCGCUAUUUGCUGCAGCUGGAGGCCGAGAUCGACGAGCUCUUUGUGCAGUACAUCAAGCACAACGACUCCAAGAACAUCUUCCAUGCAGCACGGACACCUGCUACACUGUUUGUGGUCAUCUUCAUAAUGUAUGUGGCGGCUGGCAUCACAGGCUUCGUAGGCGUUGACGUGAUCGCCAGCGUGUGCAACAUGGUUCUGGGUUUCGCUCUCAUCACGCUCUGCACCUGGGCCUACAUCCGUUACUCCGGCGAGUACCGAGAGCUCGGUGCACUCAUAGACCAGGUGGCUGGAGCGCUGUGGGACCAGGGAAGCACUAAUGAGGCUCUGUAUAAGUUGUAUAACGUCGCUGCCAAUCAUAGGCAGCUGUACAACCACGCUUUCCCCAGACACCAGACUGAGCAACACCCUGAGCAACAGGACAAGAAGAAAAACUGAGCACACACACACACACACACACACACACACACUCCCAAAUGUACACCCACUCUGUUAAAGAGAUGCUCUGAUCAUAGCACACUUGAGCUUUUUGGAUCAUGAAUGUGACGACAUUGACAGAGAGAAAGAGAAAUCAAGAGUAAUAGAAAUGUAUAUUUUAAAAAAAGUUCAUAUUGCUGUAUAAGGAACAAAGGUCCGAUUCAGUGGCUAUGGCAUUACAUGCUACUAACAGCCCCUUGAAAUCCAGUAAAUGUAAACAGCAAUUCCAAGAUGGAGAUUCAGCUCAUCCUGGAUUUUCCACUAACAAUAUCUUGGCAUUGAUUCAGGGAACCAGUGAACCUCGAACAAUCUGCUCUCCUUUCAACCGGGGUAGGAGCCAAAAAGUUACAUAAUAAUAUCCCAUCUUCCCAAUUAAAGUCAUAGUAAUAAUUUGUGGAAUUAGUAUUAUAAAGUUCUGUCUUCAAAUAAAUGAUUCAUGCUUUAACAUUAAUAAAGUUGCUUCUAUUCAGUUGUAAUUGUAAAAAAAAAAAAAUGCUCGCUUGCGAAAUUUGAUUAGACACUGCUCACAAUUUUCUUUAAGUGGCAUCAAAAUAAAAAUUAACAAGUAGACAAAGUUGUUGGCAUGCUGAUGAAAUGAUAUCGGAAAGCCAGUUUUGUGAUUUUACAUCAGCUCUUUUGCAGUGGAAAUGCCGUGUUCUCAGAUCAGGCACUGGAACUUUGUCAGUGGAAGAGGGCUACGAUAUGACCGCUGCUCUAUUUAAGCAGAAAUGCAAAUGCUGAAUGUGGAUAGUCUCAUGUAGCGUCUAGUAUUGUAUCGUUUUAUGUCGUUCAAGAGAUCGGUUGGUUCUAGAAAAAUGUGAUUUAUUAUUUAUUUUUUACUUAGUGAAUGGUUAGAAAAUUUUUAUUGCCUGUCUGGCAGGUAUAAAGUUAAACACGCAGGGGGAAAACAGACGAUCUUUUCUAACCUCAUCCGCAUUGAUUCACUCAUUUUACUCUGAUAAUUUGCAAGCUUUUCUUGAAGCUUCUUUUAGGUACAAUUUUACCAGUGUCAAGUUGAGUUCUCAAUAUUAACAGUUAAACCACUCCCUGUACACUUUAUCAGUGCCUAACGGAUAGUAUGGAGGGUUCACACUGUAAGGAAGAGGCUUUAUUCGGGUAGUGGUUUCAUAGUGGUUUCCAAGAUGUAAAAUAUCGAAAAAUAUAGCUGCCUCGUGCAAAAAAGUGUGCGCAAUAGUUGACAGGAAUUCCAUCAGAAGCAGGGAUGGUGAGUUUAGACUUCUUUAGGGAACCAGGAUUGGUUAAACUUGUUGAGGGAAUGGAAAGACUUGGUCAAUAAUUCCUUUGAGAGUGAUAAACUUUUUGAAGAAAUGAACAACUGGUCAACUUUUCACUACAAAUAUAUAAAGUUCAUUAGUGCUUCCAAAAGAAAAGGACAUACCAGCCCCAGAUAAAAUCCCUAUGAUUAUAUCUACGCAUCCUCCUCUUAGGUGGAUUUCAGACCCUUUUGAUUUCCCUAUAAAUCAAAUUAUAUAUAUAUAUAUAUAUAUAUAUAUAUAUAUAUAUAUAUAUAUAUAUAUAUAUAUAUAUAAACACACACACACACACAUCAGGGUCCUGAAAGUUAAGGCAAAGCUUUUGUGUCAGUGUGCUGGGAACUAAAUUAUGUCAAGUUGAUAAAGGUAGAAGGGUGAUAUAGCAUGGUUCACUCAAGUGUAUGAUGUGCUGUUGUGCUGAAUGAGCUUAAGCUCCUUCUGUACAUGUGCUGUUCCUGACUGACAUGCGGCCAGAUGACACUAAAUCCACCACGGUUAAGGAUUCCAUUUAUCCACUAUAAAUAAACAUAAUCUAAUCAACUUCUGCUAUUCUUGCUAUUCAUACACAAUAUUUACACACACACACACACACACACACACACACACACACACACACACAGCACUACAAAGCAGAGAAGGAUCUGCUGACAGCUGUGGAACACUAUCCUGGCUGGGUUAUUCUCACUGUUUUAUUUUGUAACAAGUGUCUUGUUUUAUGUUGAAUUCAGUGCUAUUUAUAAAGAAUUAAACAUUACAUGUUUAAAAAAAAAA